GAAGGUGGAGGUGGCGGCGGCCGUGGAGGCGGCCGUGGAGGCGGCCGUGGCGGCGGCCGGGCUGUGGGGAGAGAGCCCGCGGCGGGCUCUGGGUUCGCGAAGCGCCGCGCAGUCGGAGCCCGCCGCCCGCCGCGGAGCCAUGGAGAUCGGCACGGAGAUCAGCCGCAAGAUCCGGAGCGCCAUUAAGGGGAAAUUGCAAGAAUUAGGAGCGUACGUGGAUGAAGAACUUCCCGAUUACAUAAUGGUGAUGGUGGCCAACAAGAAAAGUCAGGACCAAAUGACAGAGGACCUGUCCCUGUUUCUAGGGAACAACACAAUUCGAUUCACCGUGUGGCUUCAUGGCGUAUUAGAUAAACUUCGAUCUGUUACAACUGAACCCUCUAGUCUAAAAUCUAGUCUAAAGUCUUCUGAUACCAAAAUCUUUGAUAGUAACGUGCCUUCCACCAAGAGCAGUGCGAGUCGGGGCGAGGAGAGGAGGCACGAAGCUGCCGUUCCACCUCUGGCCGUUCCCAGCGGCAGAUCUGAGAAAAGAGAUUCCAGAGUGUCUGCAAGUCCCCAGGAGCAGAAAAGCACCAACGUCAGGCAGACUUGUGAUGAUGGAACUUCAACCCGGCUGAUGUCAACGGUGAAGCCCCUGAGGGAGCCAGCGCCCUCUGAAGACGUGAUUGAUAUCAAGCCGGAGCCAGAUGACCUGAUUGAUGAGGACCUCAAUUUUGUGCAGGAGAAUUCCUUAUCUCAGAAAAAGCCGACCGUGACUGUUACGUACGGCUCUUCUCGUCCUUCGAUCGAAAUUUACCGGCCACCUGCCAGUCGCAGUGCUGACGGUGGUGCUCAUUUGAACAGGUGGCAGCUGCAGCAAGUGCAGCAGCCGAGCAGUGGGCACGUGAGCAAGCAGCUUGGUGCACAGAACAGUCAGGGCUACGAAGCUGGACGUUUGUGUGAGCCAGAAGUACAAGAAACCUACAGCCCUUUCUUCAGAAACAGUUCAGAAAAAGAUGAAAACUUUCGGAAAAGAAAGUUGCCUGUGGUAAGUUCAGUUGUUAAAGUGAAAAAAUUCAAUCUUGAUGGAGAAGAGGAGGAGGAGGAGGAGGACUACGGCUCCCGGACAGGAAGUGUCUCCAGCAGCGUGUCGGUGCCUGCGAAGCCCGAGAGGAGGCCAUCCCUUCCACCUUCUAAACAAGCUAACAAGAACCUUAUCCUGAAGGCCAUAUCUGAAGCUCAAGAAUCUGUAACAAAAACAACUAAUUACUCCACAGUCCCACAGAAGCAGACACUUCCAGUGGCUCCCAGAACUCGACCCUCUCAGGAGGAAUUGCUGGAAGUGGCUCAGGGGCAAGGCAGGAUCCCCAGAGUGAGUGCCCCCCUGAAGGACGAGGCAAUGAAAGGAGAGAACACAGAAAAAGGCCAAGGAAUGCAACACAGGCAGUUGUUGUCCCGCCUGCAGAUUGACCCAGUAAUGGCAGAAACCCUACACAUCAGUCAAGAUUACUAUGACAUGGAAUCCAUGGUCCAUGCAGACACAAGAUCAUUUAUUCUGAAGAAGCCCAAGCUGUCUGAGGAAAUAGUAGUGGCACCAAACCAAGAGUCGGGGAUGAAGACUGCAGAUACCCUGCGGGUACUUUCAGGACACCUUAUGCAGACACGAGAUCUUGUACAACCAGAUAAACCUGCAAGUCCCAAGUUUAUAGUGACGCUGGAUGGUGUCCCCAGCCCCCCAGGAUACAUGUCAGAUCAAGAGGAGGACAUGUGCUUUGAAGGAGUGAAACCCGUAAACCCAGCUGCAGCCUCACGUCAGGGACUCAGAGGUCUCCUGCAGCCGCAGCAGUUGCAGUUGCUCAGCAGGCAGCUUGAGGACCCAGAUGGUAGCUUUGCCAACGCUGAGAUGAGUGAACUGAGUGGUGCACAAAAGCCAGAGAAGCUCUUGGAGCGCUGCAAGUACUGGCCAGCUUGUAAGAAUGGAGAGGAGUGUGCGUACCACCACCCUGUGUCACCCUGCAAAGCCUUCCCCAAUUGUAAAUUUGCUGAGAAGUGUUUGUUUAUUCAUCCAAAUUGUAAAUACGAUGCAAAGUGUACUAAACCAGAUUGUCCCUUCACUCAUAUGAGUAGAAGAAUUCCAGUACUGUCCCCAAAACCAGUUACAACACCAGGAAUACCUUCUAGUGGUCAGCUCUGCCGUUACUUUCCAGCUUGUAAAAAAAUGGAAUGUCCCUUCUAUCAUCCAAAACAUUGCAGGUUUAACACUCAGUGUACAAGACCGGACUGCACAUUCUACCACCCCACCAUUACUGUACCACCACGACAUGCCUUGAAAUGGAUUCGGCCUCAAACUAGCGAGUGACCCAGUCCUGCCUGGCAGAAGACUGUGCAGUUUCCAUCUCCUGCUGAGACGCUGCAGAACUUGGUCAGACCUUUGAAACGUGGACUAUACUGCUUUCCUAAUAGGAGUUUAUUGACUACUUGAAGUGUCUAAUUUUUCAAAUUUGUGAGCUUAUUAAGUGGUUUUAACAUUUGGUGUUUUGUUUUUUUGGUUUGCUGUCUUUAUGAAGAAAAGCCAGUUUAAGGAAAAGCUAAAAUUCUAUUAAAACAUUUCAGGCAUGUUUGUAUGCUGCUGUCUUAAGUAUCAGCAUUUAAAAUGUGCUCUUAUUGUCAGCAAUGUUCUACAAGGGUCCACCAUUGCUGUGUGUACAGAGUAGCGAGAAUACUGGAAAGUAGUCAUUUAAAAAUUAAUUGCUGCUUUCACUUUUUCCAAAGAUGACAAUGUUCAUAGCCCCCCUUGGGAGUAAGUCACGGGCAUUCUGUGCUGCUUUGAGUGAGUGCCACUUUGGUAAAACGGUUCCUAAGUCUCCUGAUCCUCUGAAAAAGAUGAGCGAGAUGGGCAUACAGGGUGGAAACGGUUGAAAUGACAAGUGCAAAAAUAUGAACAAUUCCUUAAAAUGUUUUACUGUUAACAUACUUUUAAAAUAAAAUUUGGGGAGAACUACAUUAUCACAAAGUCAUACAAAAUUUGUACAAGUAUAUACAUAAGAUAUCAAACUCACAAUAUUAUAAAUAAUUUCCACAUUCUGAAAAAUUUCUCAGAACGCUGCAGAAAAUAUAGGUAUUACUGAAGAUAACUUUGGAUAUCUAAAAAUUAGAUUUAAAUACUACAUUUUAAAUGUCAGAACUAUACACUUACAGAGUAGAUGGGUAAACCAAAAAAAUCAAACUUUUGGCCUUAUUAUAAGUUUUGUGUAUCUGAUUUCUAAAAUUGUUAAGGCAAGAAGUGUCAAAUGCUUUAGAAUUAACAAAUCGAUCACCAAUUUCAAAGACUUGCUGUAUCAGUGUUUUUUAAAAUCAAAGGUUAAGUGGUUAGAAAAAAGACAUUUUCAGGACCAAAUUAAAUAAACUUCUCUAAGAAGAAAACGCUGCUUGACUAAGUCCUAUCCUGAUGGAUACUAAACCCACACAUUUCCAAGUCCAUCCAGUGGAGUUCUAGAGCCAGCAGCUGUCUCCCGUGUGUCCGUUGCGUUUCCAUUGGAAAGAGAAAGCAUUAACCAGUCAUGAAACCGAUCAGGAAGUUAAAGUUUGUUGUGUUGAAUCACAAAUAAAGACAACACUAAAAAAGCGAACGCAGCACAAAGGGCGUAAAGCUGUGGUGUUAGGCUCGAGUGCAACGCUCAUUCCACUGCAUUCCGAAAGCUGCUUCUGUGGAAUUUAAGGCAUUGAUUCCCUCAUUGUUACCUAAGAUGCUUCAUGUCUGCAGAAGAAAUGGCCUUUUUAAAAGUUUCUGGAAGUAGACCUUAUAAAUGCUGUCUCAUUAUAUUCUCAUAGUUCUGAAGAACAGAAAUACGAAAUAAGGACUUCAAUGGUAUAUUAUAGCAUAUGAAAAUCAGAUUUUUCCUGCUAGCAGACACCGUCCAGAAACACACUGAAGAGUUGUGUUCUUAGUUCUGAUGGUUAUGGGCUAAAACCAUUGCCUGGAUAACUUUUCUAAAAUGAACCAUCAUGAACAAGGGAGGGAAUGACUGGUUGGGCACAAAGUGCACUGUGUGCAUGUGUACAAAUAAAAGGGGCCCGAAGUCUCAGGUUACAAAUUCAGGGUCUUUUAUACUACACACAAAAAUAAUUCUCUGGGUUAAAAAAAUAUACACGUAGGGGUAAUUCUUUGUGGCCUGUCAGGUUUUGCAUCUCCCUUGUGAAGUGACCAGAGCAGGCUGUGGAGCUGGCAGUGACUAAGGCGCAUUGUCAGAUUGACCUCUCGGAAGGAGGCACUGCCCUGGGCCUUUCUCCUACACAGUCGCUGGCCUACGCUCCUAGCUCUUACCUGCACUGAAAUGGAAUGUCUCUGAAGUCUAAAGUUUACAGAAAACCCAGAGGGCAACUUUAAAAUUGCAAGAGGCUAAAACUUGCUAGUAUUUUACUUUUCAUGGGGAGACGUCUCAUGUUGCUUGACCCCUUCGUCACACUUUCAGUCACUGGUUAAGCUUUCUGUGGCAUUCUCUGGUUUUGUAUGCACAAACUCUUUAUGUGAAGAUUCUGAACAGGUUCUCCAAUAUGUGACAAGAUGUCAAACCAGACCAAGAUUCCAGAAACCUGAGGGGAUUUAUUGUGCAAAAAUAAUUAACAUCAGAAAAUAAAAAUUCAUAGGACCAAUAGAGCAUAUUCAGUUUCCUCACACUUAGAAAAAUAUAUCUGCAGGGAGCAGUCUAGGUCCUUUCAGUCCUCGGGAAGCUGGCGGGAGGCUUCUGCCUGCCCAGAGCGCUCCUUGGGCAGCAUUUCCUGUGCGAAGGGUGCAGGUGCCCUGGAACCAUUCGGGUGGGAAACCACCCACUGGGUGGCAACAUUUAAAUAAAUUCUCCCAAUAGAAAACUAUAAUAUUUGAUUUCAAGAGUUAUUGUGUAAUUAAGCAGGUAUGAAUUUAAUGUUUUUACAUGCUAACAUUUAUAUCUUUAAAUAUAGAAUAUUUUCCAGUAAUUACUAUCUAAAACCCUUUAAAAACUGUACACCAUUGGAUAUUAUUAAUUCAUUCUACUACUUUCCCACUGAUGACAACCACAGUCAUGUUUUAACUUUUGGGCUAAAGAGAUGACCUCUGAACAAAGAUUAACAACUAAGAACAAAGCAAGCAGACAGCACCGGAGUCAGACUUCGCUGUUUCGGAUCUGCCUGCAUUCAAAACUGCAGUGAGCGUGUCCUUCACCUACAGGACUUCCUGUGCUCCGGACACUGUGUGUCUGCUGUUUGCUUUCUAGAAGCUGCUCCUGGAGGGUGAUGGUGGCUUUCCCUUCCCUCAUGGAAACGCAAGGGUUAGGCUAGCUCGUUCAGCAGCGAGCCUUAGAAACAAAAUACAAAGGGUAACAUGGGGAAAAUUAUCCGAGGGUUUUUUUUUUUUUUUUUUUUUUGAGGAGUGUUGUGCCCUUAAUAGUUUGCACAUUCCUCAAUAAAGGGGGAGGGCAGGUUUGCAUCAAGUACACUGUCCUUUGCAGCGUAUUACCUGGCAAUGCGCAGUUACCAGUGCACGCAGCACACCCUGAACUCGGAUGCUUCUCACGGCUGCAGUCGGGUUAGCACCACUUGGUCGUGCGGGUUUUGGUUUUGGGUGUUUAAGUCUGAUCUCGGUGGUGUCACUGCACUUGCUCAUCUCGGCAUCCAGAUCCCUCAGUGACUGGCAUGUACGCACUUCCAGACAAACACACUGUAACCAGAGUGAGAACAGUGCAGGUUGCUUUAACACUUCGACAUUUACACCGUUUUUCAGUUGAGCUUUCAAGUUCUACCUGUAAUAUUUUCCCUGUUCACUCCUUUUAGUCUGUGUAAGCAGAUGACUCCAAGGAGCUGUGGGUUGUGCUACCUUGUGAAUUAGUACAAGUCUGCUCCACUUCUCGGGCUGCGACACCACUCACCUGCAGUCCUCACCUCCAGCACUGACCACAUGUCGGUCCCCACUGGUAAACCGAAUAUUUGUCACAUGGGGUGAAUGUCCCAAGAAUCGUUUGUGCUUUGCCUAAAUAGGGAAAAAAGAAAGAAGAACAAAGCUUGGCGUAACUGAUGUAUGCUCAACCCAAAGGUUUCCAUUAGGAACCCUCAUUCUAUCCCGAGAGCCCUAGCGAGCCCUGGGGGUCAGGAACCCCCUGAGAGCCCUGGGGGGUCAGGAACCCUUACUCUGUCCCCAGAACCCUGCAGAGCGUGGGAGUUAGGACCACAGCCAGCAGAGGGCGCUUCAGAGUUAGUAGUGGACUGGAAAUUUGAACAGUGGGUGGUGAGAUGUCUCCAGAUAGCUGAAUUUUUUUUUCCUCCUGAGGAGAAAUACUUGAAAUGUGGUGACUGUAGGUUUAGUGAAAAGCCAAUUUCAGCUUUGCUGGAA